GUUUCUGUGAAGAAAAUCAGGUAAUUAAGACAUGAAAGGGCAGAUUGGGUAAACCGAGUUAACCUUACUGUGUUCUAUGCUCUUUGUUUAAUCAGAAGCGGAGAUUUCCCGACGGGCAGUCCCUUAGGACGUAGAAAGAACCCCACCACCUUCGUCUUCAGCUACAUAAGGGAGGGAAGAAAUCGCUCAGCCUCAGUCCUAGUACGAUAUGUCUCUUGCCUCUGGACUUCUACUUGCCCUUCUUGCCCUAGCUUUACAGGGAAUAGGCGCUGAAGACAGACGUAGCGACGUGAGAGCCGUCCUGGGAGCUGAAACCGAACCCGGCUUCUGGCCGACUCGUGGUAGACGUGGUGGUUCCUCCGAAGAACAACCGCCUCCGUUUUGGGCCCACCGCGGACGUGACAUCCAGAUCCCAUGCUCGUCCUCCCCGGUACCGUCGAGACUCUACGCCCAGGAGCCGAAGUAUCUUCUGAUCCAGAGACGAGACGUGCUCGAUCAACCGUUAUGGGUCAGAGGGAAAAAAUGGCCACAGGAAUAGACAGUGUUAAUUAUUUAACCCUUUAAGGAAAUAAACAAUAAAUUAAUUAUUGAUAAUGGGAUGUAUUGUUUAAAAUUAUUUUCUGAUUCAAUAUUUUGCUUCAUUGUAAUGCAGUAUAAACAUUUUAAUUUAUCAUCAAUUUGAAAAACUGCAAUACGUUAUUAUCCCGCCUUAUUUUUGAAAGUUUUUACAAUAAAUCAUCACUUAUAAGUACAAUUCAACAAAAUUUAACAACCAAAAUAAAUAUAUAUAGUAUUUCUUAUUUACAUCCUCUAUGCCAAUCCCGAAUCAUAAUCACGAUUGUAUCAAAGUAGCACUAUGUAAAAUC